GUAAUAAUCGAUAAGAAAACUGGCAAGUGUAAAGGAUUCGCCAUUGUGGAAUUUGUGUUCCCGGAAUCUGCUGUUGCAGCGUAUGCCGCUGCGGAUGGAACCAUUUUCAAGUCCCAUUCAUGGAAUGCGUUGUUUCUUGGACCCAACGCAAUCGCUGACACUUUAGCGGAAAAACUCGGUGUUGAAAAGGGUGAUCUGCUGAAUUCGGAAGGUGGAGAGAGUGCUGGAGUCCGUCUGGCUUUAGCUGAAACCAGACUGGUUCGUGAAGACGAGAGAGUUCUUCAUAGCAAAUGGCGUUUGUCUAGACGCGUUUUCUCGACCUGCUGCGAAAAGAAGGCUGUCGCAGCAGUCUUCCCUGAGCAGUGCUAA